AUGGGUCUUCCUCUAAUACUCCCCGCUGCCUCCUCUGUCCUACGCCUGCGGCCGCUUUUUAGCAAACGCUCUGUCAACAAAAAUGACCUUCAGACCUACAUGAUUGCUAACAGGGACCGUCUCGAAACCCUCUGGGGUGCUCCCGUAGACUUCCAAGCUGAUAUCGAAUCCCAUCCAAUCAAUCGCGAUCUCGAGCUCGGUUUCGAUGCGAACGAUAUAAUUCCUACCUAG